CAACUAGCAGGAGUUCUUUGCUCUCUCUGUUUCAGGAAGGCAGUCGGUGGGAAGCCCAGCCUGGCUCCCUGUGAGUAGCAGGAAGGAGAUGCGGCUGCUGUUGGCCCUGUUGGGGGUCCUCCUGGGGGCACCCGGGGCUCCAGCUUUGUCCUUUGAGGCCUCUGAGGAAAUGGAGCCGGAGCCCUGCCUGGCCCCCAGCCCGGAGCAGCAAGAGCAGGAGCUGACCGUGGCCCUUGGGCAGCCUGUGCGGUUAUGCUGUGGGCGGGCCGAGCGUAGUGGCCACUGGUACAAGGAGGGCAGUCGCCUGGCACCUGCUGGCCGAGUGCGAGGCUGGAGAGGCCGCUUGGAGAUCGCCAGCUUCCUACCCGAGGAUGCUGGCCAAUACCUCUGCCUGGCACGAAGCUCCAUGUUUGUCCUACACAAUGUCACCUUGGUUGUGGAUGACUCCAUGACCUCCAGCAAUGGUGAUGAGGAUCCCAAGACCCACAGGGACCCCUCAAAUGGGCACAUUUACCCCCAGCAAGCACCUUACUGGACACACCCCCAGCGCAUGGAGAAGAAACUGCACGCAGUGCCUGCUGGGAACACCGUCAAGUUCCGCUGCCCAGCUGCAGGCAACCCCACACCCACCAUCCGCUGGCUCAAGGACGGACAGGACUUCCAUGGGGAGCAUCGCAUUGGAGGCAUUCGGCUCCGCCACCAGCACUGGAGCCUGGUGAUGGAAAGCGUGGUGCCCUCAGACCGCGGCACAUACACCUGCCUCGUGGAGAACUCUUUGGGCAGCAUCCGCUACAGUUACCUGCUGGACGUGCUGGAGCGGUCCCCGCACCGGCCCAUCCUGCAGGCGGGGCUCCCGGCCAACACCACAGCUGUAGUGGGCAGUGAUGUGGAGCUGCUAUGCAAGGUGUACAGCGACGCCCAGCCCCACAUCCAGUGGCUGAAACACAUCGUCAUCAACGGCAGCAGCUUCGGUGCCGACGGCUUCCCCUAUGUGCAAGUCCUCAAGACAGCAGACAUUAAUAGCUCAGAGGUGGAGGUCCUGUACCUUCGGAACGUGUCAGCUGAGGACGCUGGCGAGUACACCUGCCUGGCCGGCAACUCCAUCGGCCUCUCUUACCAGUCGGCUUGGCUCACGGUGCUACCAGAGGAGGACCUCACGUGGACAGCAGCCGCGCCCGAGGCCAGGUACACGGACGUCAUCCUGUACACGUCGGGCUCUCUGGCUUUGCUUGUGCUCCUGCUGCUGGUCGGCCUGUAUCACAGGCAGGUGCUCCACAGCCGGCACCCCCGGCAGCCUGCCACUGUGCAGAAAUUGUCCCGCUUCCCUCUGGCCCGACAGUUCUCCCUGGAGUCAGGCUCCUCGGCCAAAUCAAGCCUGUCCCUGGUGCGGGGUGUCCGUCUCUCCUCCAGCGGCCCCCCCUUGCUCGCUGGCCUCGUGAGUCUAGACCUACCCCUCGACCCGCUGUGGGAGUUCCCCCGGGACAGGCUGGUGCUCGGGAAGCCCCUGGGCGAGGGCUGCUUCGGGCAGGUGGUGUGUGCAGAGGCCUUCGGCAUGGACCCCAGUCGUCCUGACCAAGCCAGCACUGUGGCCGUCAAGAUGCUUAAGGACAACGCCUCCGACAAGGACCUGGCAGACCUGGUCUCUGAGAUGGAGGUGAUGAAGCUGAUUGGCCGACACAAGAACAUUAUCAACCUGCUGGGUGUCUGCACCCAGGAAGGGCCCCUGUACGUAAUUGUGGAGUGUGCCGCCAAGGGAAACCUGCGGGAGUUCCUGCGGGCCCGCCGCCCCCAAGGCCCUGACCUCAGCCCCGACGGGCCUCGGAGCAGUGAGGGGCCACUCUCCUUCCCUGCCCUGGUCUCCUGCGCCUACCAGGUGGCCCGAGGCAUGCAAUACCUGGAGUCGCGGAAAUGCAUCCACCGGGACCUGGCUGCCCGUAACGUGCUGGUGACAGAGGACAACGUGAUGAAGAUCGCUGACUUUGGGCUGGCCCGUGGCAUUCACCACAUUGACUACUACAAGAAAACCAGCAAUGGCCGCCUGCCUGUCAAGUGGAUGGCCCCUGAGGCCUUGUUUGACAGAGUCUACACACACCAGAGUGAUGUGUGGUCAUUUGGGAUCCUGCUGUGGGAGAUCUUCACCCUCGGGGGCUCCCCGUACCCUGGCAUUCCCGUGGAGGAGCUGUUCUCACUGCUACGGGAGGGGCAUCGGAUGGACCGGCCCCCACACUGCCCCCCAGAGCUGUAUGGGCUGAUGCGGGAGUGCUGGCACGCGGCACCCUCUCAGAGACCCACCUUCAAGCAGCUGGUGGAGGCGCUGGACAAGGUCCUGCUGGCCGUGUCUGAGGAGUACCUCGACCUCCGCCUAACCUUUGGACCCUACUCCCCCGCCGGUGGGGACGCCAGCAGCACCUGCUCCUCCAAUGACUCUGUCUUCAGCCACGAGCCCCUGCCACUGGGGCCCAGCUCCUUCUUUCCUGGGGUGCAGACGUGAGCAGGGACACAAGCCUGUACGGGCAGGCCGGCUGGCGGCCUCGGGCCCCCUGGCUCAGCUGCAACCUGGCAGCCCCGGGCCCUGACCUAAGGGUCCCGUCUCAGAUCUCUGGUUCUGCUUUGGGGAGGUCCGUCCUUGGUCCUGGGGUCCCCAGUUGAAACUUUCUGCUCUGGCCUUGGGUUUUCAAACCAGCAUUCAGCCCCAGUUUCAAGGUCCUGCCCUUGCCUCAGAGUCAUGGCCCCAGGGUUCUAAUGGCUUCUGCUGGCCUCCUGGGCCCUGGCGCUGGGUCCUUGUUCUAGGGCUUCGGUUGGACCCGGCUGCAGGGCUGCCCUAAACCUCCCUGCUUCCCUACACCAGGAGAGGUCUUGGGUCUCUGAACCCGUUUCUCCAGGCCUCCCCUGCCUCUCCUGCCUCCCCUCUGCUGCUUGUGCCAGCAUCUUGGUGGGAGGAGCGCUUGCCCCUGUGCGAGCUGAGAGGCUGGAAGCCUGCCCAAAACACAGAAGCAAAUGGCCUUUUAUAAAUUAUUUUUUUUGAAAUAAA